AUGUGGGGGGAACAUCCUGAAGCUCGCCUCUCUGAGAUUCGCGUCGCCUCGAGAAGCUGUGCACUCUGCAAACUACUCGUCCGGACCGCAGAACGCUUUCACGAGAACGAGAACGAGAAAGAGAACGCUGACCUUAGCGUUGUUCGAGAUGGCGCGGCCUUGCGAUUGAACGAAGAGGGUCCACUUCUUCCUGAGCCUGAAAGCGCUGCACGCUUCGCGCUCCUUCGAAGCUGGCUUGAAUGGUGUGACACAACCCACGCUUGCAACCGACAGAACGUCAGAUCCCAAGGUGCAUCGCCAACUAGGCUGGUCUACGUUGGACAUGCCGAUCCAGAAGUUCUAUGUCUCUAUUUCCCUAAGGAAGAUGAAGGCGUGAAGUAUACUGCGUUGUCUCAUCGCUGGGGCGACCAUCCCCCAACAAAGGACGAUCCUCGAUACUGCACCACUGAUGGCAACCUUAGUGCACGACUAAAUAGAUUUAGUCUCUCUGAGCUACCGAAGACAUUUCAAGAUGCAGUCCGAGUGACUCGGGAGCUGGGAAUUGGGUAUCUCUGGAUUGACUCACUGUGCAUCAUCCAGUGGAACGCGGAUGAUUGGAAGCGCGAAGCGGGUCAUAUGGAGGACGUUUUCGCCUCGGCCUAUUGUACAAUCGCUGCAACCUCGGCUGUUGAUUCGAAUGCAGGAUUCCUCGCCCGAAUCAGAGGCGAUGAGUACGUGCGGGUUCAAGACGCUGCAGGUAAUCAAGUCUGUAUCUGCGCCCAUAUGGAUGAUUUCGAGAACGACGUGGAACAAGCCGGGCUCAACAAGCGAGCUUGGGUCAUGCAAGAGAGGGUCUUGGCAAAACGUACUAUUCACUUCAGCGCCAAUCAGACCUACUGGGAGUGUGGAGAAGGAGUGCACUGCGAGAACCUUACGAAGAUGGAGAGCUCACCCCGAAAGAACUAUUUCUUACUAGAUCCAAGCUUUCCAGAGCGUCUCCUUCAAUCAGGCGCAGGACGUACUGUGGAGUUCAUCCACUUUCUGUUCGAGAACUACUCGAAGCGUGGACUUACCAAAGACACCGACAGAUGUGUUGCUGCAUCUGGGUUAGAGGCCCGUGUUGCACGCGCGCUACCGUGCAAGAACAGUAGGUAUGGCAUCUUCCAAGAACAUCUUCACCGGAACCUACUGUGGCAGGCCUCGGAUAGUAACACGAAGUGUAUCAUGUACGAUAAAGACCGACAAGUACCGUCGUGGUCAUGGAUGGCAUGCGGCGGAGGCAUCAAAUUCAUGGAGGUUAAAAUGGGCCGCGUUAGCUGGGUUAGUGCUCUGGCUUUCGACGCCGAGCGCAACUCUGGUGCAUUGAUCGCUGAUGUGGGAAAGUUCCGGGAAUGUACAAUGGAAUCUGAGGGUGAUUGCUACAUCAUCUCCGACAUCUCUACAAACAACGAGACAGGGUGGAUACGUUAUGAUAUCAAGAGCGGUGCAGAAGGUUCUGAAAAUCAUUGUGUCGUGGUAGGAAGGACAGAGUACAACAACGCCGCGCAGCUGUACUAUGUUCUCGUCGUUGUGCCAACAGAAAAAGAUGGCGAGUUUAAAAGGGUUGGAGUUGGAAUGGUGAGAACUGGCUGUGUGGAGAAAUCGGGGUCCGAGGUGCGAAUUGUGUGA